GUGUUUUCCUUCGAUUUUCCUUGGAUGAAUGUACACUCCCCAACAAGACGACCUCCAAGAUAAAUACUUUGAAAAGAUGGCAAAUGAUACUCAAUCUGGUCACAAAAUUAACGAGAAUGAUGGCAAUAGUUCAAAGAGAAGGCAUAUUGGUCACAAUGGUUCAACUACUUCAGGUUCUGUGACAACAGAGAGUUCAGGUUUAAGAAGGUCCACUAGAGAAACAUCUUCAACGAAGCAGAUUUUGUCAGGUACUUCAAUUACACGGAAAUCAGAGAGACUUGAGAAGCGGGCACUAGCAGACCCUCCAAUUAAGAGGAAAUUUGAGCAAGUUGAGGAGCAAAGGAUGCCGAGUCCCUCAAACAAGUCUGAGGGGAGCGAGAAACACCGAUCUUCAAAUUCUUCAGGAUCGACGAAAUCUGAAAAAGGCAUGAGUUCUUCAGAUACAAAAAGUGAAAAGGAGAAGAGAGAGAAAAAUGGGAAGCAACAAAUGAUGGAUGCCAGAGAACGGAGCAGAAAUGAGAAGCAGCAACAUAAACCUUCUUGUGUAAUUCUUAAAAAGAAGAGAUUGGAUGCACGUAGUUACAGUACAUUGCUCAGACCCCGUGCAAGGAUUUCUAAGGGGUCAGAUCUUGGUCUGAAGCUGAAAAGGGAGAAUAAACAGUCUCAGGGGGCAAGCUAUCAUAUUCGAGCUGGUGGUUCCAAAGAAGUUGAGGAGGAUGAAGAUGAAUGCAAUGAGAGAAGGGAAGAACAAGCCGUUGGAGAAUUCUCUCACUUCAGCUGUAAGCAGAGAAAUCACCAUGAGGAAAAUCAUGAAUUUGAAAGUAAAGAUAAAUCACCAGUGUUUGAGUCUGGUGAUAGUUCUCAGCAAUCAACUUCAGAUGGAGCAGGGCUUAAAGAAGCCGAGGACAAUUCUAAAGGCAUGCAGGUGGAGUGCUCUGUGAGGGAAGACUUUCAAAGAUCAGAGUUAAUGGAAUCUAUUUCUGAAGGAAGAUCACUUGCUGGUGACCAUGGAACAGGAGGUAUCGACAAAGUUAGAACUCUUAAAAGAAAGACAAAUGCAAUUGGUAUAAAUUCUGAUGAUCCUUUGAUGGAAGCAAGUCAGGAGAUCUGCAGUGUUACAGCUGAUGCUGUCUCUUUAUCGUCAUCUGGGAGCAAAGUGGGUAAUUUUAUUGAGAGAUGUGUUAUCUGCUCCAAGAGACAAAGGGUGGACUUUGAUUCAUGUGAUCAGGAGUUCUGCUCUUGCAAUGUAGAGGAUAGAAAGGAGCCUGAAGCUGGGGAUGGGACAAGACUUACUGAAGAAUGUCACAAUGUUGGGCAGGACAACAGGACUCCAUUUAUCCAUCGAGCUGAAGCUGAUCAGAAUGCUUGUGUAGUCUGCAAGCUUGGUGGAAAGCUCUUGUCGGUAACUUUGGCUCUGAUUCCUUCUUUUUUUCUUAUUUUCAAGUUUCCUUACUAUCAGAAAUAAUUGCACAUUUUUGUAUCCCUUCU